AUGGGCAACAAACACACCACCCUGGAUGACAUCCUGGCUGAGGACAUGCACCACUGGUACAACAAAUUCAUGAAGGAGUCUCCAUCAGGCCUGAUCACGCUCUUUGAGCUGAAGUCCAUCCUCGGGCUGCAGGGGAUGCCUGAGCAUGCUAACAGUUAUGUGGACCAGGUCUUCUACACGUUUGACAUGAAUGGGGAUGGAUACAUAGACUUUGUGGAAUACAUUGCUGCAAUCAGUCUGAUGCUUAAAGGUGAAAUCAACCAGAAAUUAAAGUGGUACUUUAAACUGUUUGACCAGGACGGCAAUGGAAAAAUUGACAAAGAAGAACUGGAGACAAUAUUCACGGCCAUACAGGACAUCACACAAAAUCACAGCAUCGUACCGGAAGAGAUAGUAGCACUUAUAUUCGAAAAAAUUGAUGUCAAUGGAGAAGGUGAAUUAACACUAGAAGAAUUCAUUGAAGGAGCCAGAGGGCACCCAGACAUAAUGGAGAUGCUGAAGGGAAUAAUGGAUCUGACCCCAGUGCUAGAGAUUAUUGUUGAAGGGCGACAGAAAGCAGACAACUGUGAACAAGGCCAGACCUAA